AUGUAUCGAGUAAUCAUUGCAGGAGCUGGAACAGGUGCUAUGACUUUAUGCGGUCAGCUAAUUAGAAGCGGCAAAGUAAAACCUUCUGAAAUUGCAGUAAUUGAUCCAUCUCCUUUGCAUUAUUAUCAACCUGGCUUCACAAUACUAGCUGGUGGCCUAAGGGGAAAUUCUGAGAAAAUUAAAUCUCAUAUGGACUACAUAGCCAGGGAUACACGAUCUUUAUUCCACCCGGAUAUAAAUUUCAUCCCAAAAUCUGUAACAGGUUUUUCACCCAGCUCAAAUAAAAUUUCUAUUGGAAAUGAAGAAAUUUCUUAUGACCACCUUGUCGUUGCUUUAGGGCUUUCUUUAGAUUACGAUAAAGUUCCAGGGCUUUACGAAGCUCUUGAAGAUGAGAAUUCGCCAGUCGGAACAAUUUACCAGUUUAAAUAUUGCCUUAAAACAAAUCGCCUUAUUCAAUCCUUUAAAGGAGGACAAGCAAUAUUUAGCCAACCUAACCAGCCUUUUAAAUGUGCUGGAGCUCCACAAAAGAUAAUGUAUUUAUCAAACUCUUCUUGGACAAACUCAGGCAUAAGAGCUAAAACUGAUAUUCAAUUUUAUAUCCCAACGCCUGCAAUGUUCAGUGUUCCUAUUUAUGCAAAAGAGUUAGAAAAAAUUGCGAAAGGAAAAGGCUGCAAUCUGCAUUUUCAGCAUUUAUUAACCAAAGUGGAUCAUAAGAAAAAUGAAGCAAUUUUUAAGAAAGGUGAUGAAGAAAUAACAGUAAAGUAUGAUUUUCUUCAUACAGCGCCACCUCAGUCUCCACCUAAAGUGCUGCAUGGGUCACCAAUUUCAAAUGAAGCAGGAUAUGUUGACGUUAAUCCGAAUACCCUUAGACAUAACAAGUAUGAUAAUAUUUGGGCUAUUGGGGACUGUGCAAGUUGUCCAACUUCUAAAACAGCGGCUGCUGCUAUUGCUGAAGCGCCAGUUCUUGUAAACAAUAUAUGCAAGGUGUUGGAUAAAGCUCAGCCAAAUGCAAAAUACGAAGGAUAUACCUCUUGUCCCAUUUUCUUAGGAAACAAUAAGCUUAUGCUCUGCGAAUUUAAGUAUCAAGGAGAGCUUGAUGAAACAUUCGGAGGGCAAACAACUCCAAGCACCUAUGCAUACUACCUUGUCAAAGAUAUUUUGCCUAAAGUUUAUUUCAGCUUGCUACCAAAAGGACUAUGGUAUGGAAGAAAUUCAUUUUUUAAGCCCAAAUACAAUUAG